UAAAAGAGAAGCUUGUAACAGAUUGAGCUGUGAUAGAUGCUUGGAUUUUAAAAGUAGCAGGGGACUCUUAGUAAUGAAUUUUAUUUUGGCAUAUUUUAAAAUCAGAAAGUGUGAAAAUUUUGGAUUCUGAAAAUUAAACAUCCAAGACUAAUUACCAAUAAUUGAGAAACUUCUCAGAGCUUAUUCCAGUCCUAUUCCGAUAUCAAAAGUGACGAGGAGAAAAGACGUUUGAGCCACUGGGGAAUUCGUUAUUCUGUAAACUUACCAAGGAAUUGUUUCGGUCUUGUGUAAAAAAUUGUUAAAAUUGGAUUUUUUUCUCUGUGAGCUUGGAUACAAUUAGUAUGAAGGUAAUUUAGUGAAGUCGGGGAACAUUGAAUAAGAGUAUGGUCGUAAAAUCUACUAAAAAUUGUUGCGAGAAAAUUAAGACAAUGGGUUUCGGAGUAAAUAAAAUGUAUACAUUGGUGCUAGUGACAUUGUGUUGUUUCGUUCCGUCUGUCGUGCCACUGACCUUAGAGAUGAAGAUGCCAGCGAGUGAACCAUUGACCUUGUUGUGGGGAAUAGCUGACACCACAGCAUAUGUAGGGAAGUUGUUCAGAUACACCAUACCUAGUGAUGCAUUUCAGGGAAACAUAGUUCAUUUUGAUAUAACUGAAGUAAACAAAGGCUCCUUACCGUCAUGGCUUACCUUCAAUGCACUGAAUGCAGAAUUGAAGGGUAUCCCUGGGCCGGAAGUGAAAGGUCCAAUCUAUUUGGAGGUUAAUGUUACGGGAGACGACAACUCUCAUGUUACCGACGUAUUCGCAAUAGACAUACUUGAUGACACAAUUGGACCAGUUACGCCAAUACCAUCGAAGGACGAGAGUGCUCCGAAGGAGAUCCGAUGUAAACGUGAUGCUCCACAGACUAUUGUAUCUGUCAUUGUAGAUGUUGACCUAAAUCACAUAAACCCAGGAGAGAAAAUCAGCCUUCUUGAAAACAUGGCAAGUCAUCUCAACCUCGCUAAAGAAAUGCUUAAACUUAUGCCAGUUGGCAACAAGGCUAUGUUUGAUAGCAAUGCACUAGUCAUUGGGCCUGGAAACAUUAAAGUACCAAAAACCGCUGGAGCAUUAAUGUCUUGGAUUGUAGGCUGUGGCCAGGUUGAUAAUAAUCAUAUGUCAACCUUACAACAGAUGGAAUCUUCUGCAGGUAAUGGUGAUAUGACAGCAUCUGUUGGACAUGACGUUGUUGGUUGGCAUGUAACAAACACAAGGUUUCAAGCAAAACCAAGGCGUCGUCGUGCUGUCACAGCAACUCCAAGCAUAGAGCCACCUACACCUAGUACAGUAAAAGCCACAAGCUCUGAACAAGUUGCAUCAUCAUCAGUUGUCAUAGCACCUUCUAAAACAGUAGAUGUAAAACCGACAGCUAUGCCUGAAACCUCAACAAAACCAUCAACCACUUCCAGCUCUGUCAUUAUUCAGCCAUCAGAAACAACAACAUCUACUUCAUCUUCCAAAGCCACAGAAGUCUUGCCAACAAAAUCAUUAACUAUGACAUCAUCAGAAACAUCAUCAACUAAAGUUACUCCAUCCACAACAAGCACAACAACUAGUAGCACAGUACAAACUGAACCUCCAACUAAAAAACCAACCACACCGACAACAACGGAAGCUAAAACUGAAAAACCUACACCGUGCCCUCUUGUAGUUCAUAAGAAAAUACCAAACCAGGAACUCAUUGCAGGAUCAAUCAUACGAAUGAAAAUUCCCAAAGACACUUUCAUGGAUUGCUAUGAAGACACCAAAUAUGACCUUGAACACACAGUUAGAUUUAGUAAUGAUGAGAAACUGCCAGAUGGUUUCUGGCUUCAGUUAAACACAAGAUUCUCACGUCCAGAUAUUCUUAUAAUGAAUCCACUUAACGCAGAUGCUGGGAGCUACUCAUUUAAACUCACAGCAUCUAAUUCUCUCGGAAAAUCAGCAAGUCAUAAUUUUAAUGUUGUUGUGAAGGGCAAAGAAAUGAUGACAACACCACCAAAUCAUGAGCUUAGUAUGACAAUUGAUACAGAUUAUAACAAAUUUAUGAAGAGUCUCGAUAAUAGAAUUGAGCUGUCAAACAAAGUGUCGAGAAUAUUUGGUGAGAAGAACUCAAACUCAUUGACAGUGACAAGAUUAGAAAAAGGAUCUGUGAUUUAUGCUUGGACAAAUAAUUCCAUGGCUAGCAACGACUGUCCAACUGACGAGCUUACGGACUUGUUUGAUAAAAUGUUUAAUAAGGAUGGAACACUUACAGAGAGUGCUCUAGAUUCCUUACAACCGUACACAAUAAAUGCAGCUGCUGCUGAACCUCUUGGAGCUUGUACCAACAAUCCAGACUUUCCAAAGAGAGCAAUGGGCGUGAAAGUGGUAACAACACCAAAACCGACACCGAAAGUAACAGAAGCGAAGAAAACAACAUCACCAACACAGAAAGCAACAGAUAAACCAGUUGUAAAGACAACUGUUAAACCGUCAACAGAGAAAACCACCGCUGCCGUUGCAGCGGCCGGAGCAGGAGGUGGCGGUAGUGAUAUAUGGAUUACAACAGUUGUACCAGCUAUAGUUGUUGUUAUUGUACUCAUUAUCGCACUUAUUAUUGCCUGCUGCUUGUACAGAAAGAGAAGGAAGGGUAAAAUGAAGUUGGAAGAGAAAAAUAAGUUUGCCAAUAAUAAGGGGGUACCUGUUAUUUUUGCUGAUGAGUAUGAUGAAAAACCAAAUGACUCUACACAUCCUCUCAUUCUUGAGGAUGAAAAGCCACCAAUGCCACCACCGGAAUACCAACGUGCAUCUAGUGAAACUAGCGGUAAUUCUAAUUCUACACAACCAAUUGAAGAUAAAGACAUUGAGGAGAUAGAAAUGGAGGACACUUCUGAAAGAGCUCCUCUUUACUCCCCUCCUCCACCAGUGACAGCUUCUAAUAAUAGUAAACCCCCUCAUGUACAGUCGUCAAGGGGACCACCACCUUAUGUGCCUCCAUAAAAUUCAUUUCCUGAAGAGUAUUUUCAAAUAGAUUUGUAAAUUGUAUACUAUAGUGGAUUUCGUUUUUAUACAUAAGGUUAUCGUUGAUAUAAUAAUCGACAAAUGUUCUUUUGCUAGAGAAAGCACAUGAUGAAGAAGUUGAGGUACAUUGUAGUUAUGUAGAGAGUUAAUAAAGGAACAAUGAUAUUAUAGUGGUAUAUUCUGGAAAGGAAAGCUUUGAAAAAAAACAGUAAUAGUUUCUGGUUUCUUAAGUUGUUAAAGAAAUUAGUUAAAUAGACAGUGUAUCAAAGGAGUCAGUUUUAACUGGUCCUACAAAGUUCUUGAAUAGGGAACCAUGCUGGUUCUUGUAUCUAUAUUUCUCGUUCCAGUUACAAUGUUCUAAUUCCAGUUACAAUGUUUUGGUACCAAUAUUUCUGAAGCCAAGCCUCAAUGUUUCUGGUUCCAGUAUCAAAUGUUUCUGGUUCCAGUUCCAAUGUUCUGGUUCCAGUAUCAAAUGUUUCUGGGGUUCCAGUAUCAAUGUUUCUGGUUCAAGUAUAUGCUCCAAUACAUCCGGGUUCAGUUUCCAUGUUUCUGGUUCCAGUAUCAAUGUUUCUGGUUCCAGUUCCAAUAUAUUAAUGUUCCCGGUUCCAUUAGCAGUGUUUUUGGUUCCAGUUCCAACAUUUUAGAGGUGGUCCAGUGUCAGUGUUUCUGGGUCCAGUUUCGAUACAUCUGGGUCCUAUAUCAAUAUUUACAGUUUGAUGGUUUCAAUUAAAAAGUUAUGGUUACAUUUUCAUCUUUUUUUUUCCAUUGUAAAUGAGUUAGGUUCCACUGUUAUUGCUAUGAUUUAUGUAAUAAUACAUCUGGUGACCGGCUUUACUCAAUUGCUAUCAUGUUCUGGCAACUGCAUGUACAAGGGAAAGGGUUACUGUGAUACUGAGAUGUCAGUUAUUGCUUCUGGUCUAGCUGUAAUGGAAACAAACACAGUUAACUUCAGAGACUGUAUUGUGUAAGCAGCUUAUAUUUUUAAUGGCCAGUGCACUUAUUUAAACUGGGUUAGUUGAUGUGAAUGAUGAAAUAUGAAUACAUGUAUUUGAAGGUGAAUUUUUCAGGAGAUAUUGUUAGAUUAAUGUAAGAGGCCUGUAUGAAAGUCUGUUAAAAUGCACAUACUUUGAAGUGUUCAUUAUUUUAUUAUUGCUGAUGUAAGAGAAGUAACUCUGCUGUGUAAACAGUAACAGUGUAAGGAGAGUGGCCUCCCUUUGGUGCUGUGGAAGAAUGGAACAUGGAAUUUUGUUUAUUAUAGUUUUGUUGUGAUUUUCAGUCGCUUGUGCUAUGUGUAAAUACUUAUUGGACUAUUGCUGUUACAAUUAUUAUUAUGCUACAGUUAUAUACAUGCUUACUAUAUGUAUGAUGGAUAUUGCAGAAUAUAUAUUGUGUUAUUUUUUCUCUCUUUUUU